UGAAUGGCUGGCGUUGGAAACGGAAUUUGAAAACGCAGCAGUAAUACAAUUCAUUACUGUAUAAAUACAUUAAAAUAUAUAUUAUUUAGUCAUACUAAAGACAAAAUGUCGAUGAAGAGGGAGAGAGACCCUGAACUGGAGGAGGAGGACGAAGAUGAGGUUCCAGCGAAGGCAAUGAGAUGCAAGGAAGUUAGUGAAGACUGUCGAAGCCGACAUUGCCCUUACCUGGACACCAUUAACAGGAGUGUCCUGGAUUUUGAUUUUGAGAAGCUGUGCUCCAUUUCACUCUCCCAUAUCAACGUCUACGCCUGUCUCAUCUGUGGGAAAUAUUUCCAAGGUCGUGGUUUGAAGUCUCAUGCCUACACACACAGCGUUCAGUUCAGCCAUCAUGUUUUCCUUAACCUGCACACCCUUAAGUUUUACUGCCUGCCGGACAAUUAUGAGAUCAUCGACUCCUCCUUGGAGGACAUCACAUAUGUACUGAAGCCUACCUUUACAAAGAAGCACAUCGCUAACCUGGACAAGCAAGGCAAACUCUACCGUGCUUACGAUGGUACCACCUACCUGCCGGGCAUCGUGGGAUUGAACAACAUCAAGGCGAAUGACUAUGCCAACGUGGUGCUGCAGGCGCUGUCGAACGUACCCCCGCUGCGUAACUAUUUCCUGGAGGAGGAGAAUUACCGGUCCAUCAAGCGGCCGCCUGGAGACAUAAUGUUCCUGCUGGUGCAGCGCUUUGGGGAGCUCAUGAGGAAGCUGUGGAACCCGCGCAACUUCAAGGCUCACGUCUCGCCCCACGAGAUGCUGCAGGCUGUCGUCCUGUGCAGCAAGAAGAACUUCCAGAUCACCAAACAGGGUGAUGCUGUGGACUUUCUGUCCUGGUUUGUGAAUGCCUUGCAUGGGGCUCUCGGGGGAACAAAGAAAAAGCCCUCAAUAAUUACAAAGGUGUUUCAGGGGUCCAUGCGCAUUUUCUCCAAGAAGCUCCCUCACCCUGAUCUGCCUGCAGAGGAGAAAGAGGCGCUGCUGCUGAACGAGGAAUACCAAGAGAAGAUGUCCGAAUCGACCUUCCUGUACCUGACCCUCGACCUACCCACUGCCCCUCUCUACAAGGAUGAGAAGGAGCAGCUUAUUAUUCCACAGGUCCCCCUCUUCAGCAUCCUCAGCAAGUUCAACGGCAGCACUGAGAAGGAAUACAAAACCUACAAGGAAAACUUCCUGAAGAGGUUUCAGCUGACCCAGCUGCCUCCCUACCUCAUCUUCUGCAUCAAGAGAUUCACAAAAAACAACUUCUUUGUUGAGAAGAACCCCACCAUUGUCAACUUCCCUAUCACAAACGUUGACCUGCGGGAGUACCUUACUGAGGAAGCUCAGGUGACAGAAAAGAACACAACAUAUGACCUUGUGGCUAACGUCGUGCAUGACGGGAAACCAUCAGAGGGGGCUUAUAGAAUCCACGUGCUGCACCAUGGGACAGGGAAAUGGUAUGAACUCCAGGAUCUUCAGGUGACUGACAUCCUGCCCCAGAUGAUUACGCUCUCGGAGGCUUAUAUUCAGAUCUGGAAGAGACGAGAGGACGAUGAUGAGAUUAAUCAGCAUGGUGCGUGACAGCAUCACAGUUUAAGGACAGUCAGUUUUUCCUCAAAAGCAAGCUGGGAAUUUAGUGUACUGUUAAAAUUGUAAUUUUGUUUUGACACAGUAUUUCUGUUGCGCAAAACUGCGAAAACAUGCUUGCUGUUGUGGUCAGUUGUCAAAACCAUUAACUUCUCCCCCACUGUCUAACAGGUUUUGGUAUAAAGGUGUGUUUUUCUUUGUUUUUUUUUUAUAAACAAACUUUGGAAUACAUUCUGUGAAUUACUUCUUUGUUUUGUAGGUACCAGAAAAUAAAUAACUGAAUGGGUAACAGCGUUCUAUUCCAGACAAUAAUAAUAAAGUUUUGCAUUCCAUUGACAUUUAA